GAAGUUAGGCAGGUGCAAGGAAGAGUCAUCCCCUAAAGGUUUCAGAGGGAGCAUAACCUUGCUGGUGCCUUCAUUUCAGACUUCUAGCCUUCAGAACUGUGAGACAAUGCAUUUCUGUUGUUUUUGCAGCAGCACUCUGUUAAGGCAGCCAGCCAUACCUAGGAAACCAACAGGUGACUCUAGGGCAGGGAAGUGGCUAAAGCCCUGAGAUAGACUGGAAAGGGGACCUGGAACCUCGAGAGACUCUUUCCUUUCCACCAUCCACUUCAGUCCUCUUUCUCACUGCAGACUAUAAUUCUCUGUUCUUUAGCCAACACUUCCCGUGAUCAUUUCUUGCUUCUUCCUUUGUUCAGGUAUACAGGUGUGGGGCACAAACCAGUCUGGGGUAGCCCCUCCCUUCUUCACUACCAAGGGCUGAGUUAUGACUGGUUUAAGCUUAUUAGGGCAUGCCCACUCUUUUGUCUGUGAUUGGUUUAGGGUUAGACAUGUGACUCAGUUUUGGCCAAUGACAUUUGAGGAGCUGGAAACCUUCUGGGGCUUCUGUGCAAGAUUUUCUUCCCUGGUUAAAAAAAAAAGAAAGAAAGAAAGCUGUCUAGGGAGGACCCCUGCUUGUUGCCUUCCUGCUGUGGAUGGUUCCUUGUUGAGGACAUGAUGUUUGGAGCGGUGGCAGCAGUCAUAUGACUAUGAAGGGAAGAAACGUUCUCAACCAUUAGGAAACACUGCCACCAUGUGGCUUUCGGAUGUUGCAUACGCCAAACUGUAAACUGCCAAUUUCUCUGAUACUGUUGGAAAAUUAAAUCAAAGAACACAUCCCUUGAUCAAACAGCUGAAGUAAAUUAAUGGUUCUCCAGCAACGUUCCCUGAGAACGAAAGUACUCAUCCACUCAGGCUUUGGGAGGACUACCGCUAUUUCCGUGCGUUGCCUACCGACGUUGGGCAGUCUGGAGAUUGCAAUCCACGCGUCUCCCGGGUGCACAGCCGGCGGCAGGUGCGUGGGCGUGGGCGUGGCGGCAUUCAUUCCUCACCCCUCCCUUCCCCGGGGUUGGGGGUGUAAGUGGAUAAUUCAAUCCCCGUAGGGCUCGGCGUCUGGCCUCACCCGCGGCUCGGCGGAUUGGCUGUCUCAGCUCGCCCCCGCCCUCCGUACCCCCCCCGUCCCAGGUGGCUCAGCCCCCCUGUGGAGCUCUCUGUUUACCUUGAGAGCCCGUCCAAGUUGGGCUCCAUCUCUACAUUUGCUCCCUCUGGGGCCCCGCCCGCCCCGGAAGCAGGGAGAAAAGCGGGCCGAGCCCUUCCUCUCCCCGCACCGCCCGGAGAGGUCGGGUAAGGGAGACGGGUGUGUGGGAGGGGGAGUCUCAGGCCUGGGGGAUCCGGCUGUCAUCCCGUCCCGGGAUCGCGCGAACCCGGGAGUUCUGUCCCUAGGCUCCUCCGUCUCCGUCCUGUCGUGCUCAGGGUGACGUGCCCACCCUGGGCAAAGAGCCAGAAGCUGGAUCUCAGGGAUGCCCGGGUCCCUAAAGGAGGCACAGACCUGGAGACUUCUCUCACAGGUGGUCCCCCUCCUCCAGGCGGUGAUGACCCCCAAGCCAGCCGGACCCCCGGACGGGGGCUGGGGCUGGGUGGUGGCGGCCGCAGCCUUCGCGGUGAAUGGGCUCUCCUACGGACUGUUACGCUCCCUGGGCCUCGCCCUCCCUGACCUCGCGGAGCAUUUUGACCGAAGCGCUCAGGACACUGCGUGGGUCAGCGCCCUGGCCCUGGCCGUGCAGCAGGCAGCCAGCCCAGUGGGCAGCGCCCUGAGCACCCGCUGGGGGGCGCGCCCCGUGGUGAUGGUUGGGGGCGUCCUCACCUCGGUCGGCUUCGUCUUCUCGGCUUUCGCCCGCAGUCUGCUGCACCUCUACCUUGGCCUGGGCGUCCUUGCUGGCUCCGGCUGGGCCCUGGUAUUCGCCCCUGCCCUCGGGACCCUCUCCCGUUACUUCUCCCGCCGUCGAGUCUUGGCCGUGGGGCUGGCACUCACGGGCAACGGGGCCUCCUCGCUGCUUCUGGCGCCCGCCUUGCAGCUCCUCCUCGAUAAUUUCGGCUGGCGGGGCGCCCUGCUCCUCCUUGGCUCCAUUACCCUCCACCUCACCCCCUGUGGCGCCCUGCUGCGACCCCUGGCGCUCCCUGGAGACCCCCUGGGCCCACCCCGAAGCCCGCUAGCUGCCCUCGGCCUAGGUCUCUUCACACGCCGGGCCUUCUUAGUUUUUGCUCUAGGCACGGCCUUGGUGGGGGGCGGGUACUUCGUCCCCUACGUGCACCUGGCCCCUCACGCUUUAGAUCGGGGCCUGGGGGGGUAUGGGGCGGUGCUGGUGGUGACGGUGGCUGCCGUGGGGGACGCGGGCGCCCGGCUGCUCUGCGGGUGGCUGGCGGACCAGGGUUGGGUGCCCCUCCCGCGGUUGCUGGCGAUGUUCGGGGCCCUGACAGGGUUAGGGCUGCUGGCGGUGGGUCUGGUGCCGGUGGUGGGGAACGAGGAGAGCUGGGGGGGCCCCCUGCUGGCCGCGGCUGGGGCCUACGGGCUGAGCGCCGGAAGUUACGCCCCGUUGGUUUUCGGCGUGCUCCCGGGGCUGGUGGGCGUCGGCGGUGUGGUGCAGGCCACCGGGCUGGUGAUGAUGCUGAUGAGCCUGGGGGGGCUUCUGGGCCCUCCCCUGUCAGGCUUCCUAAGGGAUGAGACAGGAGACUUCACCGCCUCCUUCCUCGUGUGCAGCUCUUUCAUCCUCUCUGGCAGCUUCAUCUACAUGGGGCUGCCCAGUGCGCUGCCCUCCUGCCGUCCAGCCUCACGUCCAGGCACCCCACCCCCUGAGAGGGGGGAGCUGCUCCCCAACCCUCAGUUUGCCCUGCUCCCCCCAGGAGGCCCUCACUCCACUCUGGACAGCACUUGUUGACCAUUUUCUUGUUUGAGCCUCGCCCCCAAUAAAGACUUUCUAUCUGCUUUU